CACCAUUUUGUUGGUACAACCUACCAAGAGGCCAGAAGGCAGAACUUACGCAGACUAUGAAUCAGUGAAUGAAUGCAUGGAAGGUGUUUGUAAAAUGUAUGAAGAACAUCUGAAGAGAAUGAAUCCCAACAGUCCUUCAAUCACAUAUGAUAUCAGUCAGUUGUUUGAUUUUAUUGAUGAUCUGGCAGACCUCAGCUGUCUUGUUUACCGAGCCGAUACCCAGACAUACCAGCCUUACAACAAAGACUGGAUCAAGGAGAAGAUCUACGUGCUCCUUCGUCGGCAGGCCCAACAGGCUGGGAAAUAGUUGAAUUGGAAGCUUAGGGAAUGGGGGUGGACUUGGAACACAGGUGUGUACAGUGUGCUGUAGUGGGAGUUUUGUAUUAUAGUCCUGUUUCCAUUUUGUUACACUCUAGCCAGGAUUGAAUGUAUUAGAUGAAAUGUGAGAUUUGUUCAAUCUGAAACCCCUGUUGCCCUUUUUUCCUUUUCUUUCCCCCUUCUUUCUUAAACAUUUUUAUGAUGACUUAAAAAGAAGUUGUUCUGUCAGUUAAUGUUGAUCUCAAUCCUUCAAGAUGUUCAUACCUACUUUAUAACAUUCACUGUAUUAACCCUUCUGCAAAGUAGAUGGGAUGAGGGGAACAAGUUUAGUUACGCCCUCAAAAUAAAUCUUAGUUAAAAAUAAAUACCUUUUAGUUAUA